AUGUUUUCUUUCAAUCAGCAGGCCACUGAUCAGAUGCAAACAGAAUCUUUACCUUCAUGUCCCAACACUGUGUCACCGGUGAGGUUAAAUAAUCUGAUCGGUUCUCCAAGGUUUGGAACAGUUACUCCAAAUCGUGUCUUUGUUGGAGGAAUUGAUUUUAAGACUAAUGAAAAUGACCUGAAGAAGUUUUUUGCUCAGUAUGGCAGUGUGACAGAAGUGAAGAUAAUAAAUGACAGAGCUGGAGUAUCAAAGGGGUAUGGCUUUGUUACAUUUGAAACCCAAGAAGAGGCACAGAAGAUUUUACAAGAUGCUAAAAAACUCAACUAUAAGGAUAAGAAAUUGAAUAUUGGACCAGCAAUAAGAAAGCAAGUGCGAAGUCCUAAUGCUCGUUCUGCUGUGACACCACAAACUGGUACAAUGUAUGCAACUACUGCUGUAUCACCAGAAGCUGGUACAAUGUACUUGACCACUUCCAGUGGAUAUCCAUAUGUUUACCACAAUGGAGUGGCUUAUUUUCAUACAUCUGAGGUUUCUCCUGUUCAGCAGCCAUGGCCAUCUCGAUCUGUUUCCAGUUCACCUGUGAUGGUUGCUCCACCUGUUUAUCAGUCUCCUACAUACCACUAUCAGGCACCAACGCAGUGUCUUUCAAGUCAGUGGCAGUGGUCUGUUCCACAGUCUCCUACCUCUUCACCUCCACUCCUGUAUCUGCAACCAUCUGAAGUCUUCUAUCAGCCAAUAGGAAUUAACCAGGAGGGUGGAUGUAUAUCUCCACCUCUCCUAAUGGAAGCUGCAGUUCCUGAGCUGUAUUCUGAUCAUGGAGUUCAAGCACUACAUCACCAGCCCUAUGUCCAGAGUCACAUAGCCAUGCCUGCAGCUUCCUUCCUGUGUGGCUGA